AUGGCCGCACCUAAAAUUUCAACUCAAAUUCCGCCUAGCAGAUUAUCUGCACACACUGAUUCUUCUCCCUCAUCAUUUAUUUCAUCGGUAAAUUCUUCAUCCUCCGCCAAGACAUCUACUUUUAUUCCACCUGGUGAAGAUAUACCUUUAUCAGAAAAUGUAGGCCAUAAUUCUUAUAGUAGAGAUGCUGACGCUGAAAUUCACAAUAACAUUGGAGCUAAUAAUUCAUCUGAUUCGCUCCAAACUAACGUGAAUCCUCCUGAAAAUAGUAUGUCACCCGACGAAGAAGAAG